CACUUUGGAAAUGUGUCCUCUGACAUGUUUGGGGAUUCUGUGUUUGAUAUAAAUCCAGAUUUAAAACCACGAUAAUCCCCAAAAAUGUUACAUUAGCCAGGCGCUGGGUAUUUUAUGGUCGUGUAUUUAGGCUGAAACUGGCACACCGAUUGUGUUUUAAGGGCUACAAUGAAAAAAACGACCAUGGCGGGUGUUGAGCCACCCUGCUCAGAGUUCGUGAACUGGGAGGUUGAAAGUUCGGUUUGUACCGGAUUAAAACAAGAGAAACAACUGUCUGCUUCCCAAAGAAGAUGCUACAGUCUCUGUAGGAGGAAGUCAUUUGCUACCUUUGUAGCGUCCAUGAAGGAUGGCACAUCUUGGUGCUGCUGUGGACAGACCUUCAGCGAACACUCUGCCAUUCACAAACACGUGGCUAAAAGUCAUAAUUUUGAAAUACAGCAGCUCACACAGGCUGCGUAUGAGCAUCUGAUAAAACGGCUGGAGGAAGAGGCUGAAACGCAGCCGACAGAUGGACACAUGGCCGAAGCAGCGGACAUUUCUGCAUGGAUACCAGAUAUCAACCAAGUCUCUGAGGAACAACUGAGAAGCGGCCCUGGAAAAGUUCUACUCUAUUAUCGCUACUGUCAUGUGGAUGAGCCCCGUGCUGUCUGUGCUUGGCAGAAAGCUUUAUGUGAGAAGCUGCACUUAACAGGCAAGAUAAGGGUGGCAGCAGAAGGCAUCAACGGGACAGUUGGAGGUACUAAUGUGGCCACUGAUUUUUAUAUUGGUGCAAUGCUCUCACAUCCUGUCUUCAAGAUGGAUAAAGAGGAUUUUAAGACCAGCGAUGGGGGUGCCGAGUGUUUUACAGAAUUGAAGGUCGGAGUCUAUAAGGAAAUUGUCCCAAUGGGAGUGGAUCCCAAUAUUGUCUCCUACAAGCUGGCAGGAGUUCAUCUGGACCCUGAAGAGUUUCAUAAGGAAGUGGAAGCUGUUUUGACUGAAGGGAAUUCUAGCAGCGACACCAUCCUCCUGGACUGCCGCAACUUUUACGAGAGCAAAGUUGGACAGUUCACUCGGUGUCUCGCCCCAAACAUCCGUAAGUUCAGUUAUUUCCCGGACUACGUCGACCAGAACUUGGAGCUGUUCCGGGACAAAAAGGUCCUGAUGUACUGCACAGGAGGGAUCCGCUGUGAACGUGGCUCCGCCUACCUCCGCUCAAAAGAUGUGUGUAAAGAGAUUUACCAGCUGAAAGGUGGAAUCCAUAAGUACUUGGAGUGUUUUCCAGAAGGUUUCUAUCGUGGGAAACUUUUUGUGUUUGAUGAACGCUACACAAUCUCCUCAAACAAUGAUGUCAUCUCAGAUUGCAGGUACUGUGGCCUUCCAUGGGACCAGUAUGAGCUUUGCAGCACCCAGGUCUGCUGCCAGCUGGUGUUGUCCUGUCCCAGCUGCAGAAAGAAAGGAUACACCGCCUGCUGCCCAUCCUGCCAAACUAAAGUAGAGACUCAGCAUAAGGAGACCUCUGAUACCCGGCAUCCCAAAGAGGAGUGCGAGUGCACUGACACACGGGCCAGAAUCCCUCAGGAUGUUUAAUGACAUAAGAACUUGAUUUAAUAUUUCUUAAUUAAUGCAGUUAUCAAAUGAAACCUGUGGAAACUUCUGAACAAAUUAAAAACAAUUAAAAUUUUA